AAACUUAGCAGUCGACUUCAUUUCCUGGUUUUAGGCCGGUGGAUCGAUGAGUGUUUGCCAAGAGGAAACCAGGGAUGUCAUCGACAAGGAAUCCUAGAGACCAACUUGUGUCUCCCCCACGUUAGGAGCUCCACACAUGACCAGCAUCAUUUGUCAGUGCCUACACAGAAUCUGGUGAUUGGAUUAUACACCUGACAGGACACCAUGUUUAGUCGCCUGGUGAAGUACACGAAGGGUGACAACUACCAGGACCUAGACGCGAACCAAGGGGAGAGAAUCGAUAUGGACAUCACUGACCCUGCGAUGAGGGAGUUCGCAGGCCUAACCCCUACAGGGAGUAGCAGUGGCGAGUUUUCCCAUGUUGGAGAUGGGGGUGUUCUAGACAUGCACCAGCGGAGGGGCACUGGUUCCACAAUAGAACCAUCAGAAGAAACCUACACUAUACAGCAAGCUAUAGACAACAUUGGAUUUGGGAAGUUCCAGAUCAAACUUUCCAUCCUCACAGGAUUUGCAUGGAUGGCAGAUGCCAUGGAGAUGAUGAUACUGGCCAUUUUGUCUCCCGCCCUACACUGUGAAUGGCAGCUAGAGAGCUGGCAGCAGGCUCUCAUCACCACGAUUGUAUUCUGUGGGAUGUUCUGUAGUUCAAGUUUCUGGGGCAGUGUGUGUGACAAAUACGGACGCAGAUCAGAGCUGAUUCUGUGCUCUGUGUUUACCUGUUACUUCGGUAUCCUCAGCGCAUUCUCACCCACCUUUAUAUGGAUGUUGAUCUUAAGAGGACUUGUUGGCUUCGGUAUAGGAGGUGCUCCACAGUCUGUAACCCUGUAUGCAGAGUUCCUGCCGUCCUCUUCCAGAGCGAGAUGUGUUGUGCUGGUCGAGAUAUUCUGGGCUAUUGGUGCUUGUUUUGAGGUGCUACUUGCGCUGGUGGUCAUGCCAACAUUGGGCUGGAAAUGGCUGCUCGGACUGUCUGCUAUGCCACUAUUGCUGUUUUCGCUGUGCUGCUUUUGGUUGCCAGAAAGUGCGAGGUAUGACAUGUGCAGAGGACAAGCUGAUAAAGCGAUAGCUACACUAGAGAGGAUCGCUAAGGAGAACGGGAAGCCAAUGCCGCUGGGCAAACUCGUAGAGCCGUCCACGAAGGCUACAAACAGAGGCAGUAUAAAAGAUCUUUUUCUCCCGGAGUUAAGAAAAACAACCUUACUUUUAUGGGUUAUUUGGUUUGUGUCAGCAUUCUCCUACUACGGUAUUGUACUGAUGACAACAGAACUGUUUCAAAUCUCGGACGGUUGUCACGGUUCAGAAACUGGGUCUGAAAUCAAAGCCAAAGCACCAUGCUUCCUCAAGUGUAAUGGACUCGAUACCGGGGACUACAUAGAUCUCACCUGGACCACCUUUGCCGAGUUUCCAGGUCUAUUUGUCACCGUGAUUGUUAUAGAGAAGUUUGGGAGAAAGUUUACGAUGGCAAUGGAGUUCUUUGUCUUCACCGUUUUUGUUCUAUUUUCCAAUAUAUGUACAUCAAGACCGGUAUUGACAUUCUUCCUGUUUGUAGCCAGAGCUUUUAUAUCUGGAGCUUUCCAGGCAGCUUAUGUAUACACACCUGAGGUAUAUCCCACCUCUAUGAGAGCUAUAGGACUUGGUUGCUGUAGUGCUAUGGCCAGAGUUGGGGCUAUCAUCACACCUUUUGUAGCACAGGUGUUGCUGAGGUCAUCAUCAUACACAGCCAUCUCAACGUACGGUGUGAUAGCCCUGGUGGCCACCGGCGUUUGUUUAUUGUUACCUAUAGAAACCAAGGGGCGGGAGAUGAAGGACACCACCCAUGAGGUUCACGACGCUCCUGCCAGAUGAGGGAUGUUGUGUGUAUAUAUAUAACAAUUCUACACAAAACAUCUGCCCUCCCUUCUCAUCAUACUGCCUUCAUGUCAGAGCUGUAGAUGUCUAGAUGUCCCGUGAAAGGUACAACCUUUUUUCUGGAUGUCACGUGACGUGUACAGCCUUUUGACAGGAUGUCCUGUGAAGUACACAGCCUUUGUACCUGUACAUUCAGUAUAGAAGGUCGGGAUGGCCGUAGUCCAAUGUUGAUGAUGGCAGUUCAGCUUAUACGACACAACAACUUCUCAAAUAAGAAUCUCACAUGAUUUUAUUUUUGUUCUGUGAUUAUUUGUGAAUAUUGCCUCAGAGAUUGAAUAGAAAACCGUUUAUGAAUGGCUUAUUAUAAUGUAUGUGUAUCUUAUGAUUGUGCUGUUAAUGAUUAGAAUGUACAAAUAGGAUGGCUUAGGACAGGUUUCUUUUCUACCAGGACAAAUCAUUAAAUCUGCUGAUACCAAUCUCUGUUCAGAAAUGUUGACAAAAUAACAGUCCUUCACCAUGUUUUGUUGAGUCUCAUGACUGAUUUCUUUUGUACAAGCAAAGAAAAUGCAACUUUGUGUAGAUAGAGGGUUCCUUUUGCUUCCAAACACAUUUUGUACAUCUUAAUCAAUGAUCAUGGAUUUUUAUUUUUUUGUGGAAAUAAGCAUUCCGCUAUAUUUUCUUUAAUUAUACCUUUCCAAGUAGGUGUCUAAACAAUUCAGGAUAACCUAUCAAGAUUCAAACGGAAUAAUUUCCAUUUGGAAUUAAAUCACAAACCUUACUUCUUCAAUCUUAACAUUUUGACAUGGUAUACAUAUCUAGAGCAUUCACAAUAUAAAGUGGGGACAGACUACGAUAUGGCAGGUCGUGUACAACUCUUCCUGAAAGCGUCAAUAUCUUUUAAUGAAAAUUCAACUUAAUCAUAAUACUUGUAGUUUAGUAUGACAAAGAAAAUUAUUAGAGGCAAUAUCCUAAGAGUUAAAAGGGGAGAUAGUCCCUUUUAUAUUUUGUUUAUUAGUAUGGUUAUUGUUUUUGUCACUGUUGACAGGAAGUACUGGAAAUAACAUGAAGUGUUUUAUUCACAAUUUUACAUGUAAAUCAAUAUGUAGUAUACAAUGUACAGGGUGUGUAGCGUCAUAGGAUGAUAGAGUGUGUAUGUUACUGUGCUAGAGUGUGUAGGUUACUGUGCUAGAGUGUGUAUGUUACUGUGCUAGAGUGUGUAGGUUACUGUGCUAGAGUGUGUAAGUUACUGUGCUAGAGUGUGUAGGUUACUGUGCUAGAGUGUGUAGGUUACUGUGCUAGAGUGUGUAGGUUACUGUGCUAGAGUGUGUAGGUUACUGUGCUAGAGUGUGUAUGUUACUGUGCUAGAGUGUGUAGGUUACUGUGCUAGAGUGUGUAUGUUACUGUGCUAGAGUGUGUAGGUUACUGUGCUAGAGUGUGUAUGUUACUGUGCUAGAGUGUGUAUGUUACUGUGCUAGAGUGUGUAUGUUACUGUGCUAGAGUGUGUAUGUUACUGUGCUAGAGUGAGUAUGUUACUGUGCUAGAGUGUGUAUGUUACUGUGCUAGAGUGUGUAUGUUACUGUGCUAGAGUGUGUAUGUUACUGUGCUAGAGUGAGUAUGUUACUGUGCUAGAGUGUGUAUGUUACUGUGCUACAGUGUGUAGGUUACUGUGCUAGAGUGAGUAUGUUACUGUGCUAGAGUGAGUAUGUUACUGUGCUAGAGUGUGUAUGUUACUGUGCUAGAGUGAGUAUGUUACUGUGCUAGAGUGUGUAUGUUACUGUGCUAGAGUGAGUAUGUUACUGUGCUAGAGUGUGUAUGUUACUGUGCUAGAGUGAGUAUGUUACUGUGCUAGAGUGUGUAUGUUACUGUGCUAGAGUGAGUAUGUUACUGUGCUAGAGUGUGUAUGUUACUGUGCUAGAGUGAGUAUGUUACUGUGCUAGAGUGAGUAUGUUACUGUGUGAGAGUGUGUAGGUUACUGUGCUAGAGUGUGUAUGUUACUGUGCUAGAGUGUGUAGGUUACUGUGCUAGAGUGUGUAUGUUACUGUGCUAGAGUGAGUAUGUUACUGUGCUAGAGUGUGUAUGUUACUGUGCUAGAGUGAGUAUGUUACUGUGCUAGAGUGUGUAUGUUACUGUGCUAGAGUGAGUAUGUUACUGUGCUAGAGUGUGUAUGUUACUGUGCUAGAGUGAGUAUGUUACUGUGCUAGAGUGAGUAUGUUACUGUGCUAGAGUGUGUAUGUUACUGUGCUAGAGUGAGUAUGUUACUGUGCUAGAGUGUUUAGGUUACUGUGCUAGAGUGUGUAUGUUACUGUGCUCAUUAUGUGCUGUGAUUUCAUAGAUAGAAAUAUGGUCAACUUAUAUUAUAUGGUCUUUAUUUAUCAUACUGACAUGUUUUUCUCAUUUCAUUGGUGGAGGUAUCUCGAGAGUAAUUCAGUGUACCUCAUAUCUAAACUCCAUCACAAGUUUACAUAUUUGUUUUAUUUGCUGCAAUACAAUUCCAUAUACAAAAUUUAUAAUUGAACACAUUUAUAAGUUUAUAUGUGUAUUUCUCUUUUUCCCAUGAAAAAUCCUUAUUGGGUUUUAUUUAUGUUUCAAAUAUCUGGUAUAACUGUGGUAUUCUUUAUCGUUCAUAUUGUAUUGUUUGAAAAUAUCUUUUACAUGUAUAUGCCUUUGUUCUUUUUAUGAAUACAUGUCUACUUGUGAGAUUAAGAAUCUUCAAAAUAACCUCAUCUACUUCUUUGACCAAGAAUGUUCAUGGUAUUUGAAUUAUAUAUUUAGGUACUAUCUUUGGUGUGCCAUUACCGGUAUCAUUACAACAUGUUUUUGUCCUCUUGACAGAGAUUAUAACAGGGUUAGGGAGGAUUAAAACAAUUCUUGUACCAGUAUAUUGUUUGACAAUUAUUUGCUGAUAAAUUAUUUGUUAAAAAAAUCUUUAUACUGUGUGAAGUUACUGUGGACAAACAUAUCAGUGGCGAUAAUAUUUUAGCAAUUUCAUUCCAUUUAACAGUGCAACACUAUGAUAACUGUUAAAUAUAAAAUCAUAAAAUUGAUGCAUGGUAUAAAUAUUUAUCAAACUUAUUUAUAUAACUUCAAAAUUUUACUUGAACUGUGAAAAAUCUGGGUGCACCAAUAGAAAUUAUAUUUACAAUAAUUUGUUCCUGUCCUUGGACAUUUUAGUUGAACCGAGAAAAUCUGAGUGUAGCAUAGAAAUAUGUUUACAAUAUAUUGUUAUUGUCUAUGGUACCUUGUUGAUGUGUAGUUAUAUUUAAAUCUGUUGUAAAUUAAGUAAACCAUAACAUAAAUGGCUGUUGGUAAUAACAUGAAGAGAUGUUUUUAUUUCAAACAAAUUAUCAAUAUAUUAUUUUAUUGUACAAUAGAUCAUGUGUAUAUUUGUUUAAACAAUUAAUUUAUUGACCAUGUUGUAUAGAAUGUACCAUAUUUUGGAGUAGAAUCUCAAUAUAUGUAUAUGAAUAAAUAUUUGAAUCAUGAACUAAUACAUAAAUUGCAAUAUUAAUCUACAGACUACAUUAUUUUGUAGCUGUAUCUGAGAUAUUGAGAAAGCUUCAUCAGGUACUAUUUUAGGGAAUUAAGAUUUAAAAAUUCAAAAUAUGAGGUUUACCAUAAUAUCAAUUUUUAUAUUUUGUGAAUUAUCUUUGUUUCAGGGUCGUUGUUUUUGUCCGAGUUAUAUAACAGUGUUUAGGGUAUUACAUAUAUACAAAUCAAACAAGAGAUAAAUGUGCAAUGUUGUGUGCGAUAUCGGCGGCGAACGAAUUUGAUCUCAUUUGAAGCAGUCAAAAUAGAAAUGGCAAUUUUGUCUCUUGGACAAAAUAUUGUUUUGUUUCUUUUUUUGAAUCAUUACACGGCUGUUUGUACACGAGGUUGGGGUUGUAAUUUACCUUGUAUACUUGGUUGAUGGUGUAAAUUUCGAUGUACACUAGGUUUGUGGCAUUCAUUUUCAUCUUUUUUAGUAAAUUAAGUAUGUGAUAUGAGGGUUGGUUUGUUUCUAUUUAUGUAGACAUCAGUACAUGUACUGCUUUAUUUUGGCGAGAUAUCAUUUUUUGUGUUUACUCACAAAUUUAGAUACCACAUAAUUAUAUAACCAUGGCGAUCCCAUCGAGUCUGUCAAGUUUAUUGCAUACUCUAGUGUAUUACUAGUGAUUAAAACUUAUUUAACUCAUUCACCCCUGAAAUUUCAUAAUGAACCAUUUCACCCUUUGAAUUGGAAGAGUUCAAAUGUGUCUU